ACGGAAAAUUCUGGAACCCCCACGCACAGAGAUCCCUCCACCAGCCGGUCUUUGAGGGUUCUUUGAGUGAGGGAACCGUGGUGGCUCCAGAAACCCAUCUGAUGUGCCAACAGAACCACCUUCCUUAGAGGGGGGAGUUGCAGCCGAUGCUCGGGGGGCUGAAUUUUCAGCUGCUGGGAGUUUUGGGCAUCCAGAGGGAUCUCCAGCGGGACGAAAUGUUUCAGGUUGCCAGCUCAGAGCGUGUCAGAGCAUGUGUGCACAUGUGUGCUCACGGUCUCCCUUCACAGAGAGUGUUCCUGUAACUGCUGUGCCCUGCAGGGCACUCCCAGGGAGCUCACGAGGGUGAGGGAGGUUAAAGCUCCAGGAAUGGGGCAAAAGGGGCAUCUCCUGGCUCCUCUUCCAUUUUUUUGUCUGCUGUGAAGGCUCAGCUGCCCCUCCAAGGUUCUCCUUUCUGACCACGCUGUUCCUUGCAGGUUCCCAGCUCCGAGAUGUGCUCCAGACAAAGCUCCGGGGGCUGCCACGGGAUGUCCUCCCAGUCCAGCGGGUGCCACAGUGGGGGCUCCUCGUGCCACGGGGGCAGCUCCUCCAGCUUCCAGUCCCAGGGCUCCUCCUGCUGCGGGGGCUCCUCUGGCUAUGGCAUGGGAGGAGGGUACAGUGGUGGGUCCUCAGGAGGCAAGGUCAUCAUUGCAGGAGGAAGCAGUGGAGGGUCCUCUGGAUGCUGCAGUGGAGGAUCCAGCGGUGGCUGCGGGAUGGGGGGAGGAUAUGGUGGUGGAUCUUCAGGAGGCAAGGUCAUACUUGGAGGUGGAGGUUCCAGUGGAGGAUGUUCAGGCUACAGGAUGGGAGGAGGAUAUGGUGGUGGAUCUUCAGGAUCAAAGAGCAUCAUUGUGGGUGGAGGUAGUGGUGGAAGUUCCUCUGGAUGCUGCAGUGGAGGAUCCAGCUAUGGAAUAGGAGGAGGAUACGGUGGUGGUUAUGGUGGUGGCUCUUCAGGGUCAAAGACCAUCAUUGUAGGUGGAGGCAGUGGAGGAUGCAGUGGUGGCUAUGGCAUGGGAGGAGGGUAUGGUGGUGGAUAUUCAGGAUCAAAAAGCAUCAUUGGAGGUGGAAUCAGUGGGGGUUCCUCUGGAUGCUGCAGUGGAGGAUCCUCAGGAUAUGGGAUGGGAGGAGGAUACGGUGGUGGUUAUGGUGGUGGAUCUUCAGGAUCAAAGAGCAUCAUUGUAGGUGGAGGUGGUGGAGGUUCCUCUGGGUACUGUGGUGGAGGGUCCAGCUAUGGGAUGGGAGGGGGGUACGGUGGUGGAUCUUCAGGAUCAAAGACCAUCAUUGUGGGAGGAGGCAGUGGAGGUUCCUCUGGAUACUGUGGUGGAGGAUCCAGCUAUGGCAUGGGAGGAGGAUGUGGUGGGGGUUUUUCAGGAGGGAAGAUCAUCGUGGGAGGUGGAGGAUCCUCUGGAUGCUGUGGGGGAGGAUCCGGGGGCGGCUCCUCGGGCCAGACCAUCAUCAUCAGCUCUGGAGGGUCCUCCCAGUCCUCCCAGCAGAAGUGCCCCAUCGCCAUUCCCAGCAUCGUGUCCCACCAGUCCAAGCAGAGCUGCUGCUUCCCCUCCGGCCAGAAGUGA